AUGAACGCCAUAAAACGGUCCUUCAGCAAACUCCAAAAACCCACGAACAAAUCCGUGCCUCAAGGCUACAAACUACUAACAGAAGGAAGCGCCCAGGUCCUAUAUUACCACAAUAAAGACAAUAUGCACAACUCCCAGUGGGACAUGAAGGUGCCGACCAAUCUAAUAACCAAUCAUAAAAAGCUGAAGAAGCUGACGAGGAAGGAGAAGAAUGAAGCCAGAGAUACUGUGUUUUACAACCCUGCACAGGAGUUUAACAGAGAUUUAUCCAUAAUGUGCAUUAGCGAAUAUGGCAAACAGCUUCAAGAAAGAAGAGAGCUCAAAGAUUGAUGGAAAGGACUCAAAAUCCUUGAAGCAUUGGCUGCCACUGGACUAAGGUCUUGAAGAUAUAUGAAGGAAAUAAGUGUAGAUGUAUGGAAGAUAUUGUCUAAUGAUUGGGAUCCAACAGCAGCAGAGUUAAUCAAGAAAAAUUUUGAGUAUAAUGAUAUUGAUAAAAAUAAGACUGAAAUUACAGCAAUAGAUGCUAUAGAUUUGAUGUAUGAAAGAAGAAAACUUAAGGACUUAUACGAUGUGAUUGACCUUGACCCUUACGGAACAGCCUUACCAUUCUUAGACUCUUCGAUUCAAGCAAUGAAAGAUGGAGGGCUCUUAUGAGCAACAUUCACAGAUACAGCAGUUUUAUGAACUUCAAAGCCUCAUAUUUGAUAUUACAAAUAUGACUCAGUUACAACUCAUCAGGAGCAUUGCCACGAAUUUGCUUUAAGAAUGGUUCUCCAUACGAUUGCUACUAUAGCUAACAGAUACCAGAAGCAAAUAUUCCCUAUGCUUUCCCUCACAGCUGAUUUUUAUAUUAGACUUUUCGUAAGAGUCGGAAGCGAGGAUGAAUCUGUUCUCCAUUGCCAUGAUAGCGUGGUUAACACUUCCUAUGUCUUCCAAUGCACUCAGUGCCAGAAUUUUCAUCUUCACAAAAUUGGGCGAAGUAGAGGGGCGAACACUAAGCACAAGAAAAACAUCACAAGCGAAGAGCAAUCUCAGAGAGACCGCCACCACGAUACUAAAUUCUCCCUCAAUCCACUGACUAUCCCAUCAAAAUGAGAGGUCUGAGAUUCUUCAAUGGUGAUAGGCGGGCCGAUCUGGACUGGAGAAAUCCAUGAUUCUGAAUUCAUAGAAUUCCUUCUGAAAAGAAGUGAUGAUUGGAAACAUCUUGCAACAUAUGAAAGAAUUAAAAAGACCAUUAAAGGUAUCCAGAAAGAAAUGGAAAUUGGAAACUACCCCUUGAGCAUGAACUAUAACCAAAUAUGUUCCAGAAUAAGAGCUUCAUCUAUUGCAAAAUAAGCACAUAUAUGCAGCUUUUUACAGUCUAGGCUACAAUAUCGUGCAGACAUACUACAACCCAUAUUUGUACAAAACAGAUGCCCCUCACAAAACAGUGUAUGACAUCUUCAAAGCUUGGAAGGUAAAAUCUCUUGAGGGCACAAAAAGAAGUCUCCUUGACAACUGCUCUAAUAUCGCCAAGGUUAUACUGAAUAAACCUUUAGAAAUCAAUCCUGAUUUUGAGUACAAUUUGUCACAAAUAGAAGCCGAUCUAAAAAAGAACAGGGUUAGAUAUUCUCGUAAUCCUCCGGGAUGGGGUCCUGGCACUAGGGCUACUAGUCAUCCUAGGAGUCAGAACCAUCAAAGUGGAGUCAAUGAAGUUAAAUAG